UUGCAGUAGACACACCAGAUGUAUUUUCUCUCCAGUCUUUCCCCACAGGCCAGCGAGCUUUAAGCCAAUCUCUUCUCAAUUGUGAUCUGCAUGAAUCUAAUCUCUUUCCCCACAGGCCAGCGAGCUUUAAGCCAAACUCUUCUCAAUUGUGAUCUGCAUGAAUCUAAUCAAAUGAUGUGGACUUGGACAGACUGUCUGUGUGUCAAUCUCCUGCUUCUCCUUCAAAGAGCAGGCUCUGAGAAGUUUGAGGUUCUUGGUCCGACUCGUGCCAUUGUUGCUGUGGCUGGUGAUGACAUCAUUCUGCCCUGUUACAUCAAACCCAACAUCAGCGUUGAGGACAUGAGAGUUGACUGGUUCAGAGUCAACCUCCCAGACACUCAGUCAAACAUUAGAGUCCAUCUCUACCAAGACGGCAGAGACAAAUACCAUGAUCAGAUCCUCUCCUACAGGGGAAGGACAUCGUUGUUUAAAGAGGAACUGAAGAAGGGCAACACCUCUUUGAAACUGACCAGGGUACAAGGCACUGAUGAUGGACGUUAUAAAUGUCUUGUUGAGUCUAAGACACAUUAUGAUGAUUCCACCAUUCAAGUCUACGUCAGAGCUAUAGGAUCCAAGCCAGAGGUUUCCAUUGAGGGACAGAAAGAAGGAGGGAUGGCUCUGCUGUGUGUAACUAAAGGCUGGUUCCCUGAGCCUGAGUUGGAGUGGCUGGACAGUGAAGGGGUCACUCUGUCUGCUGGACCGUCAGAGACAGACAGGGACUAUGAGGGAUUCUACGUAGUCAAACUAAAGACCAUCAUAAAGGAGACUGACAUCAACCGCUUUACCUGUAGACUAAGACAGAGGCAGCAACAUGAGGUGAUUAAGAUGGAGACAGAGUUUCACAUCCCUAGCGAGCUGAUCCUUGUUCACACAGAAACAUGGAAAGUGGCCCUUGCAGUGAUUGUCUCUCUGGUCAUUGUCCUUGUGGCCAUAUCAGCUUUCAGUGUCUGGUGGUGGAAAAAUGUAUCCAAAGCUGAACACAGUCAAGAGCUAGAGCAAGUUAAAGAUGAACUCAGACUUGAGUUGAAGAAAAAUCUCAUCACUCGUAGGCUGAAGAUACUUGCUGAUCAGCUGGAGAUACUUGCUGAUCAGCUGGAUUUAGUAAACAUGAACGGGUGUCCAGAACUUGAAACCAUCAGAAAACAUGCAGUGGAUGUGACUCUAGAUCCUGAUACAGCACAUCCCAGACUCAUCCUGUCUGAAGACAGGAAACAAGUUAGAUAUGGAGACAUAAAACAGAAUCUCCCUGAUAACCCAAAGAGGUUUGAUAUUGUUCCCUAUGUCCUGGGAAAGGAGGGUUUCUCCUCAGGGAGAUUCUACUACGAGGUGCAGGUGAAGGGGAAGAAUGGGUGGACUUUAGGAGUGGCCAGAGAGUCCAUCAACAGGAAGAAGUAUAUUUACCUGAAACCUGAGAAUGGAUGCUGGACUGUUUGGCUGAGGCAUGAAGAAUACAAGGCUUUCACUGACCCCUCUGUCGUCCUCUCCCUGAGAGAGAAGCCCCAGAAGGUGGGGGUGUUUGUGGAUUAUGAGAAGGGUCAGGUCUCAUUCUACAAUGUAGAGGCCAGGUCUCAUAUCUACUCCUUCACUGGCUACACCUUCACUGAGAAACUCUAUCCAUUCUUUUAUUCUGGUGCUACUGGUAACUCAGCCCCACAGGUCAUCACUCCUGUAGGUGUCACUGACUAACUGUUUUAUAUCAAACAUUGAAAUACUGGUUGUGGUAUGUAUGUGUGUGUGUGUGUUACUGUCAUGACUUUGCCCUGUUGGGUGAGGUUUAUGACCCCCCCCCAUAAAUACCUAUCCCCCUUUUCUCUCCACUCUACAGAAUGGACUCUUGGAAAGCCCUAUGUUACCACAGAGAAAGUAUGGUAAUAUCAAAAGGCAGGGGAAUGGAACAAUAGUUCCCUUUCUCAACCAGUUGAAAGUGUUCGUUGGUACUUAAAGAAUAUGAUGUCAGAUCAGUUGUUGUCUGGGACAUUAUAUCUGAUGAUAGGAUGACAUAAAUUGUAUCUUGGAAAGUCUACACAUUCUAGUUAUCAAAUUCACAUGGAAU